CUUUCUCUUCCUCUUUUUCUUUUGUUUCUCUGUGAUAUUUAUGCUUUUCCACAAAAAAUUCGGUCUCUCUUAACUCAUCCCUUUUCCUCGUCCUUCUGAGACUUUUGCAAUCUUUCAAUCUCUCAAUUUCACCUUCUCGUGCUUUUUUUCUGUUUCAAUAAUUGCUUUUCUAUUAAGACGGCUCACAUCUUCCUGAUUUAACUGCCCCCGAAUUAUAUCUUCUACUCUAUACUAAACUCUCCACAAUCCAUUUCCUAUCAAAAUAAUGCCCAAGGCUGAUAAACCCCCAAGAGCAACAUUAGAGCAGAAAAUCGAAAUCCUAGAUUUCCAUCACAAAUCAAAUAAACCCCAGUCUGAAACCGUGGAAAAUUAUAAAAACCAGUACUCAAUCUCAACUUCCUCCUUCAGCGAAUGGCUAAAAAAUGAACAAGAAUUGAGAAAAAGAUACAACGAAGCUGGUGCUCAUGGAAGACAGGGCAAAAGAAAAGUCAGAUACAAAUAUGACACCAUCAAUAAAGAAAUGGACUUGUUUGUCUAUGACAGAAGACUGAAAAACCUAUCCUUGGGCGAACCCAUAUUAAGAGCCCACUGGUCUAAAUUGGCUCAUCAAAUCGGUGUAGAUGAUCCCAAAAGAUUAGACAGCUUCAGUCAUGGUUGGUUAAGUCAGUUUAAAAAAAGACAUGGCCUUGAUAGAAAAUCAAUGUCCACAUCCUCACCUUCUUUAUCCAUAUCAUCAAAUUCAAAUAAUCAACAAAACAAUCAACAGAACAUACAACAAAACAACCAAUCAAAUAAUAAGUUAACGAAAAACAAUUCAACAAAUAAUAACACAAAUAAUAACAAUAAUAAUAAUAAUAAUAAUAAUAAUAGUAAUAAUAACAGCAGUAAUAAUAAUAGUAAUAAUAAUAAUAGUAAUAAUAAUAAUAGUAAUAAUAAUAACAACAAUAACAAUAACAAUACUAAUACUAUUAGUAAUAACAAUAAUACUAUUAAUAACAGCAGUAACAAUAAAUUAAAUGACAACCAAAAUAGCUCAAUUGCAAGCAAUUCACCCAAUAGAUCUCUUAACACCUUGAACAACUUAAACACCAACCUUAACAACAGCCUCACCAAUAGCCUCACCAAUUCUAUCAGCCUCAAUGGUAACUCAGAGCUAUCAAUAUACGAACCAAGAUUGAAAUCAACCGCAACUCACUCGCCCAUUCAAAAUCAGCCCCAAAUCCUUCAACAGCAGCAGCAGCAGCAGCAACAACAACAUUCCGAAACACCAAUCAACUCAAACUUAUCUCCACAAAAUGGUGUUAAUGGAAAUCUUAACGUUAACCCCAACUCCGCUGUUGUUCACAUCCAGCAGGACUCUUAUCCUGCUCUAAAUGACGAAAUAUCCGCAAGAUUGUUACCAAAUCCAAACUCCCACAAUUCAAACAAUAACUCUGCUAAUGUUUCUACCUCCUAUAACUCAAUGCAACAGCAUCCCAAUGACAACAGAUUCAACUCCUCCUUCAACAACAUGUUCACCCGCCAGAUUCAACAGCCUUCAAACGCAUACUUGACAAAUGACACUUCCCAAAUACAACAGCAAUUAGGCACAAAUAGACCUUAUGAUCAUCCACAACACCAACAGCAGCAACAACAACAGCAGCAGCAACAACAACUAAGACCAUAUUCAACUUCUCAAUCCCAAUACCAGUCUUAUCAGCCUCAACAACAAAAUCAGCUACAAUUGCAGUCCUCUCAAUUGCAGUCCUCCCAAUUGCAAUCCUCCCAAUUGCAAUCCUCCCAACUACAAGUUCAACAACCCCAACAACUACAACAGUUGUCAAAUGGUAAUGUGAACAACAGAAUCAACGGCUCUUCUCUUAAUGUAGACAUACGUUCAAAAGAUAUCGAUCGUUUUAUAACAAGUUGGGCAACCAUUUUCUUUGAACAUAACAACGAUGACUUUCCAAGAUCAAAACAAUUGUUUGAAUCCUUUAAAAAGACUUUCAGGGAUGAGAUGUUAAUAGUCGAUAACAAAAACGGCUCCUUACAUAGAGUUGACAAGUUUUUCAUUGAUUAUCAUUAAGCAUCUACUAUCAUUUUCCAAUACUCUCUUUUUUUGUUCUUGUUUUACUUCGUUUUAAAUUUUUGUUAACUAUUGAGUUCUUGCUGGUGUAUUGUUUAUUCAUUAUGUUUGUUUUCAUUAAAAUUAUUAAAUUCCAUUUUUAUCACUUUUUUCCACCCUCUCCUAUAUAAAAUUACAUAAGAUUACGCUGCCAAUACAACGGGAGAUUUAGCUUUCUAAUCCCCCUUCUUAUCCAGAUACUUUCCUUGUUUUUUCCAAUCCGGUUUUUAGUACCCGUGUCCCGAUAGCAAAGCUGUUCCAUGCAGCAAAAAGAAUUUGGAAAUUUGAAGUCAAAAACUUCGUCAAAAUUUAAAAAAUUUCCCUUUUAUAUCAGGAUUUUGCUCUAAAAUAAACGUUUUCUUCCACAAUUAAUCCGAAAAUCUUUGUAAUUGGGACGCUACUUGUCGUGUUUCCACUUCCGAUUCUUCUUCUCCU